CUUUUUGCCUGUGAAAUCCGUGGCUCUCUCUCUCUCGCUCUGUAUAAUAGUGUUUCAAUCUCCAGUUUCUACUCCUGUUUGGUGGUUCAGGGUAAUGAAGAUAAAAUGCACGUAAUAACCCAAAGCUGUGUCCUGUUUUUGUGGAUGUAUAUGCUGACCUUCGUAAAAAGUCAAGAAUGUACCCUUGAGCAGUUUUUAAAGGGCCCCCUGUUUGAUUCAAAUUUCGACACAACUGAUCUGGACGCCAGAUACCCUGGUGGAAAACAAGUGAGAGUGAGCUGCAAUGUUGGCUUCACUGGGUUUUUCAAACUGAUCUGUGUCGAGGGAAAAUGGCAGUCCAGAGGCACGGCAUGUCAACCAAAAUCAUGUGGUCAUCCUGGCGAUGCUCAGUUUGCAGAUUUUCAUCUGGAAAAGGGAGACGAUUUUGUGUUUGGGUCACAAGUUGUAUACACCUGUCAUAAAGGUUAUCAAAUGGUCAGCCGCACAAACUAUCGGCGUUGCAUGGCUGAAGGCUGGGAUGGUGUGGUUCCUGUCUGUGAAGCCCAACAGUGCCCAGUGAUUCAUGUGGACAAUAAUGUCCAGGUGAAUGGGGACCCGGAAGAAGCAACCUAUGGCAAUGUAGUUCGAUUCAGCUGCAAGUCCAACUCUGAAAUUCUGUUGGGGUCACCAGAGAUGUAUUGUGAUGAAAAUGGAGAGUGGAGUGGCCAAAUUCCAAAAUGCCAAGGUACAGCAGGCUGUCCAAAAUUAAAACGGGAAUUACUACACGGUCUUACUUUGAAAAAAAAAGGAGGAAAUAGAAGGAAAGGGGAAGAUAUAACGUGCGACAGAAGGGAAUACAGAAACACAGAGAUAGUUGGGAGCUAUAAGUAUGAAUACAGGUACAAUGACCAGGUCCAGUAUAUCUGCAAGAAUGGUCACGAGGGAAGUUUUAGUUUGACCUGUAAGGAAACAGGUUGGAUCGGAUCUCCAGACUGUACAAAGAGAUAUUGUAAAAAACUUCACAUCGACCAUGCCUAUAUCACCCGCAAUGAAAAGGAAACUUACAGCCACAAUGAACGGGUCCACUAUGCAUGCACGCACGAAAGAGGAAAAGUUUUCACUGUUACCUGUGAGCAAAGUGUUUGGACUGGGGUUCAGAAGUGUGCAGCAUGCCCAACCCCUGAAGUUCAACAUGGAUUUGCAGUUGGCCCCUACAAUGGCACAGUGUACUACACCUGUGAUGAAGGCUAUAAGCUUUUCACCAAAGGCUGGUGGGCUGAGACCAAAUGUAAUGAUGGCGAGUGGUCUGGAUUUGAACAAUGCAUUGAAAAUGAAAAGUGUGGAAAGAUUCCUGUGAUUCCUAAUGCGGAAGUGACACAUCCACGUAGAGAAGACCAAAGCUACAGGAUUACCUGUAAGGAAGGGUACACCCCUCAGGUUGAACGCUUUAGUUGUCGCCAGGGAAAAUGGGAUUUUGGUGGAUUUUCCCACAAAACAAUCUGUACACCAAACGCCAAUCUCUGCAGUCCCCCACCUAAAGUUGCCAAUGCAGUUGUUAUGAUUCCAUAUCAGAGGGAUUUCUUGUCUGACUCUAUAGUAACUUAUACCUGCCUUAAUAAGUAUACUCUAAUAGAUGGAGAAAACUCAAUUCAAUGCAUAGAUGGGAAAUGGGAGACUAAGGACAUUAAGUGCACACCCUCGGUACUUCCCAAGGACCACGGUUUGGGACACAGAAAACAGAGUGUGUCAAAGAAGUUAGCCUCAGUUAGACUCUCGUUUGUGACUGCACACCUGCUCAUUGAAAUGCGACUGGCUUUAAUGCUUUUGUGUCUCCAACUGUGGGGGAAGGUGGAAGUUUCUUUAUCACAGAAUGCAUGUUCAGUGCUCCCAGAUGUUCCACACUCCCAACUGUCAGAGGAGACCAAAAAAGCAGCUUACCAAACAGGAGACGUGAUACAUUUCACUUGUGAAACUGGUUAUAUAUCGGGCCCAGCCAUCAGAUAUAUGUGUACUGACGGAGGCUGGAUUGCAGUCCGUAAGGGAAAGUGCUACCUGAAGCCAUGUGAACUUCCUGAUGACACACCCAAUGGCUAUUAUCAAAUCAUCCGCGGUGAAGAGUUUGUUUUUGGAACAACAAUCAAAUACUUUUGUGAUGAAGGGUAUCAAAUGGUGAGUAAGGUAGACACCAGGACUUGUUUGCUGGACAAAUGGACCAAUCACGUGCCAACAUGUGAACCUUUGAGCUGCGACCCCCCACCUGCCGAUAUAGGUGUGAUAGUAAAAGGUAUACCAGAAAAUGACGAUCCCAUACUUCCUGACCGAUUCCUCACAUUCAGCUGUGAUGAUCCUGGAAAAUAUCUGAAUGGCAGUUCAGUGCUGAUAUGUGGCAGAGAUGGACAGUGGGAUAAUCCAUUCCCCUCUUGUGAAGACAUCACUUGUGAGGCUGGCGUGAUGCCCCCUCAUCUCAUUGUAGCUGGACUACCACCAGCCAAUGAAACAAUGAAGAUUGGACAUAAAUUACAGUUUAGCUGCAAAGACCAAUAUAUAAUGGAGGGGUCUGCAGAAAGUGAAUGUUUACAAACUGGGCAGUGGAGUGCAGCCUUUCCAACUUGCGCUGAAAAUUGCAAAGUCACAGGUGUAUCAGGCAGCGUUCUCCUCAUCUCACGUGUACGAGUAAAUCAACUAAGAAUAGGAGAAAAGUUAACCUUUCGGUGCAGGAGGCGUGGAGACUUUCUUCAAGGGAAAGCAGUGGUCACAUGUUUAGCAGAUGGACAUUGGAGUGAUCCCUUCCCAACAUGUGGAGCUCCUUUGGGUUGUGGUAAACCACCAUCACUUCUAGAUGGAGACAUCAAGACAUCUUUUCAGUUCCAGUACAGACAUAAUGACAGGGUUGAAUACAUCUGUCAGAAUUACUACACUAUGGAGGGUCAGCCUUACAAAACCUGCAUCAAUGGUGAAUGGACUGGACAGAUGAGAUGCCUCAAACCCUGCACUGUGGACAGAGACUCCAUGAACGUACAUAAUAUUGCCUUCAGAUUUAUAUAUGACGAUAAGCUGUAUUCAGCCCAUAAUGAUGAAAUCGAGUUCAUGUGUACAAGACGAAGAACACUUGUUGGUAGAUAUGGCCUGCGUCAGAAGUGUGUUGAUGGUGUGAUGCACCUUCCCACUUGCCAGUAAAGCUUUUUAGUCAACUGGAUAUGAUAAACAUGAGCUGGCUGGACAAACAUGUAAAUGAUUAAUCAAAGUAAAUAGUUAGACCAGUGAUGUUCUCCUGAUGCAGUGUCUAUACUUUAGUGCUGUGUGUGGUCAUUUUAAUAAAACAUAUAUCUUCCCUCA